CGGGCGCGGCGCGCUGGCCGGGCCCCGCCCCCUGCAGGAAGACAAGCAGCGUCACUUCCGGCUUUCUGUUCGCUGCGGGCCCGGUGGUGCGAGCUGAGAGAGACGUGUCCGUGCUGAAGUCCUCAGAACCAUGGCGUCCCUCUCCCUCGCACCUGUAAACAUCUUCAAGGCUGGAGCUGAUGAAGAGAGAGCAGAGACAGCUCGUCUGUCAUCUUUUAUCGGUGCCAUUGCCAUUGGAGACUUGGUAAAGAGCACAUUGGGACCCAAGGGCAUGGACAAAAUUCUCUUAAGUAGUGGACGAGAUGCUUCUCUUAUGGUAACCAAUGAUGGUGCAACCAUUCUCAAAAACAUUGGUGUUGACAAUCCAGCAGCUAAAGUUUUAGUUGAUAUGUCAAGAGUUCAAGAUGAUGAAGUUGGUGAUGGCACUACCUCUGUUACUGUUUUAGCAGCAGAAUUACUAAGAGAAGCAGAAUCUUUAAUUGCAAAAAAGAUUCAUCCACAGACCAUCAUUGCAGGUUGGAGAGACGCUACAAAGGCUGCAAGAGAGGCCCUGUUGCAUUCCGCAGUUGAUCAUGGUUCUGAUGAGGUUAAAUUCCGUCAAGAUCUAAUGAAUAUUGCGGGAACAACAUUAUCCUCAAAACUUCUUACUCAUCACAAAGACCACUUUACUAAGUUAGCUGUGGAAGCUGUUCUCAGACUAAAAGGCUCUGGUAAUCUGGAGGCAAUUCAUGUCAUCAAGAAGCUAGGAGGAAGUCUGGCAGAUUCCUAUUUAGAUGAAGGCUUUCUAUUGGAUAAAAAAAUUGGAGUAAAUCAACCAAAGCGAAUUGAAAAUGCUAAAAUUCUUAUUGCAAAUACUGGAAUGGAUACAGACAAAAUCAAGAUAUUUGGUUCCCGGGUAAGAGUUGAUUCUACAGCAAAGGUUGCAGAAAUAGAACAUGCAGAGAAGGAGAAAAUGAAGGAGAAAGUGGAGCGCAUUCUUAAGCAUGGAAUAAAUUGCUUUAUUAACAGGCAGUUAAUUUAUAAUUAUCCUGAACAGCUCUUUGGUGCUGCUGGUGUCAUGGCUAUUGAGCAUGCAGAUUUUGCAGGCGUAGAACGCCUUGCUCUCGUUACAGGUGGUGAAAUUGCCUCUACCUUCGAUCACCCAGAACUGGUGAAGCUUGGAAGUUGCAAACUUAUUGAGGAAGUCAUGAUUGGAGAAGACAAACUCAUUCACUUUUCUGGGGUUGCCCUUGGGGAGGCUUGCACCAUCGUUCUGCGUGGCGCCACUCAACAAAUUUUAGAUGAAGCAGAAAGAUCUUUGCAUGAUGCGCUGUGUGUUCUUGCCCAGACUGUGAAGGAUUCUAGAACCGUUUAUGGAGGAGGUUGUUCUGAGAUGUUGAUGGCCCAUGCUGUGACGCAGCUUGCCAAUAGAACGCCAGGCAAAGAAGCUGUUGCAAUGGAGUCUUUUGCUAAAGCACUAAGAAUGUUGCCAACCAUCAUAGCUGACAAUGCAGGCUAUGACAGUGCAGAUCUGGUGGCCCAGCUCCGGGCUGCUCACAGUGAAGGCAAUGUAACUGCUGGGCUGGAUAUGAGGGAAGGUACCAUUGGAGAUAUGUCUGUACUGGGUAUAACAGAAAGUUUUCAAGUGAAGCGACAAGUUCUUUUGAGUGCAGCUGAAGCAGCAGAGGUGAUUCUCCGGGUGGACAAUAUCAUCAAAGCGGCGCCCAGGAAACGUGUCCCUGAUCACCACCCCUGUUGAGCAUUCCUGUAUGGUGUUAAUCUUUGGACCAGUUCAUAGGAAAGUUGUAUUUGAAAGACUUCAGCCUCUUAAAGACGACUAUGGAAUCUGUGUUUAUCUAUAUGCCCAUUAUAUCCUUAAGUUUGGACAUUUAGCUGACCUUCUCUUUAAACAUGGGUCUAAUUUAUUUGCUGUGUCACUUUCCAUGUGAUUCAGCUCAUGCAAAGUUAAUUUCUCAUGCCGUAUGUUAAAAUAAAAAUUUGAACAAUUA